GCCGAGUCCUGGGCCCUGCCCACUUAGUCCCCUCCGGGAAUCGCUGUGAACUUCAGGUGUCCUUUCCUUGAGUUAUGGAUGUUCCCAUGAAGGGCCAAGUGUGUGUGGUGACUGGUGCCUCCAGGGGUAUUGGCCGUGGGAUUGCCUUGCAACUCUGCCAAGCAGGUGCUACAGUCUAUAUUACUGGCCGCCAUCUGGAGACACUUAAGGCUACAGCUCAGGAAGCACAGUCCCGUGGUGGCCGUUGUGUGCCUGUGGUGUGUGAUUCAAGCAAGGAAAGUGAAGUCAAAAGCCUUUUUGAACAAGUGGAUCAGGAACAGAAUGGGCGGCUGGAUGUGCUGGUCAACAAUGCCUUUGCUGGGGUCCAGACCAUCCUAAACAACAGUAAGUCCUUCUGGGAAGCCCCUGCCACCAUUUGGGAUGACAUAAACAACGCUGGACUCAGAGGCCACUACUUGUGUUCUGUGUAUGGGGCACGGCUGAUGGUACCUGCUGGCCGGGGGCUCAUUGUGGUCAUCUCCUCCCCUGGUGGACUUCAGUAUACGUUCAAUGUUGCCUAUGGUGUGGGCAAAGCUGCGUGUGACAGACUGGCUGCUGACUGUGCCCAUGAGCUGCAGCACCAUGGAGUCAGCUAUGUAUCUCUGUGGCCAGGGAUGGUGCAGACAGAACUGCUGAAAGAUUAUAUGACAAAGUGUGAGAGCCUUGAUGAUCCUAAGUUUAAAAAGUACCUACCACAUUUCUCAACAGCGGAAUCCACAGAAAUGAGUGGCAAAUGCGUGGUGGCUUUGGCAACAGACCCUAAUAUCCUGAGCUUGAGUGGGAAAGUGCUGCCAUCCUGUGACCUUGCUCGGCGCUAUGGCCUUCAGGAUGUGGAUGGACGCCCUGUCCAAGACUAUCUUUCUUUGAGCUCUGUUCUCUCACAAGUCACCAACCUGGGAUGGUUGGCCUCCUACUUGCCUGGCUUUCUCCGCACACCCAAGUGGAUUAUUACCCUCUACACCAGCAAGUUCUAACCCUCCCGAUCUAACAUCACAAACUUGUCUUAGCCUUUUCUAAAAGAGAAUGUCUCUGCUGGGCAUCCUUGGUGAAUCUGGGAGUCCUUGUAAGUCCUUUGUAUCUUGCUUUUCCUUGUCCAUACAUUUUACCUUUUGUCUCAAUAUUGAAAAAUAUAGACUAAUAAAAGUCUAGUUUCCUGAUUCA